AUGAGGAAGGAUGACAGGUUGUUGCCAGGCGAGUGGAGCAGAAGUGGCGACGACCGAGGCGGAAAGGAGAGGCUGGGCGGAUGGCGAUGGAGCGAGAAAGAGAGGCAGCGAGCAGAAGGUGACCGCAGCAACGGAGGUGCUCGAUCCGUCGUCGAGUCUGGUGACGGCAGCAGGCAAAACUGGUUGCUAGUCUCUGAUUGGCCGGAGGAGGCACCUCAGCUCCACUGA